AAGUUUAAGUUUGGCUGUGAUACGUUUUAGAUAGUGAUUGUUAAUUGUUGUAAAUAGUUAAGUUGUUUGAGACCUUAAGGAACCCUUGAACGUUUAGAAUUGACAUUACUAACUUUUCAAGGGUCCAGAAUAGUGCGCGGACACUAGUGUGGACAGUUAGUCAGUGUAAGCAGUGACAAUCGCCAAAAGAGACUUUACCGAUUGUAAUGCGAAAAAAAGUAGACGAGAAAAACUGUUCGAUGGACGCGGUUCAGUACGACUACCUGCCAGCCAAAUAGCGAACGAUUUUUCACACUCCGAUUUUCUGAAAGAGAACAGAGCACUUCACUACUGGUUAUCGAACGCAGCUCCAGUAUCGAUAUUUUUCUGUCAUAAGUCAAUAGUGACAAAAGUCAAGAAAGAGACAACUCAUAAACGAUAAAUGAACGUCGUCCGUCGUCCUCCAUUUUGUUGUGGCGUGUAGUGUUGUGAGUAGGUUGUUUUAGUGGUGAAUUUGCGAAAAAUAUCAAAUUUUUCGUAAAAAUGGGCUCGAAAGACGAAAAAAAAGAACCGAUUCCGUUAAUAAACAAUGCAAAGCUUUACGGGCAGGUGCUUUUAACGUUGACGAAUCAAUUGCUGCCCGAGGAAAAUUUGACAAACACGCCGUCCCAAGCUGAUGGCCUAGGAAUCGAAGCUGAAACGGAUUUACGAAUUUACGGAUGUGAGCUCAUCCAGACUGCGGGGAUUUUACUUAAAUUGCCUCAAGUAGCAAUGGCGACUGGACAAGUGCUGCUUCAACGAUUCUAUUAUUCGAAAAGCCUUGUUCGUCACCUGGUGGAGCAUACAGCGAUGGCUUGUGUCUCUUUGGCUUCGAAAAUUGAAGAAGCACCCAGAAGGGUGCGAGACGUCGUUAACGUGUUUACUCAUAUUCGACAAGUCAACUCUGGAAAAACGAUACAGCCUGUAAUAUUGGACCAGAACUAUAUCCAUCUGAAAAAUUUGGUCAUAAAAGCCGAGAGGAGAGUCCUGAAAGAAUUGGGAUUUUGUGUACAUAUUAAACAUCCACAUAAGAUCAUUGUCAUGUAUCUACAAGUAUUAGGCUUUCAAAACAACCAAAAACUAAUGCAAUAUUCCUGGAACUACAUGAACGACUCCCUAAGAACUGACGUGUUUAUGCGACACCAACCUGAAACUGUGGCCUGCGCCUGUAUCUACCUCACUUCAAGGAAACUCAAGUUACCCUUACCGAAAAAUCCUCAUUGGUACACGAUUUUCGGAGCGACAGAAAAGGAAAUACGUGAUAUUUGCAUUAGGAUAUUGAAGCUGUAUAAUAGGCCCAAACCAAACAUCGAGGAUUUGGAAAAGCAAGUGGACGAAUUGUGUGAAAAAUACAAGAACGUAAGGGCCAAAGCUAAGGCGGUUAGUGGGAAUGAUUCACCUAGUAAUAACGGGCAGGAGCCUCAGAAGAGUCAAAAGACUUCGGCGCAUAAUGCUUGGGGUGGUUUCAUUAGUCGUUCUGGUAGUCACAUGCCGCCACCGUCUGUAAACGAAAAAAGAUCGAGAUCAAAAACAAGAUCACCCGAUAAAAGGCAUAAAAAAGUUAAAAAGCAACGUUCCAGAACCAGGUCCCCUAAAAACCAUAAGAAAGCCUCCCACAAAAGAAAAAGCUACUCAAGGUCCAGAAGCAAGUCACCAAAGGCCAAAAAAAGGGACAGAAAACGUAGUAAUAGCAACGAACGUGAGGCUAAAAAGGAUCGUUACAUUGAUCGUUAUGACGACAAAGAUCGCAAGUAUAAAGAUGAUAGAGAUAGCAAACACAAAGAAGAUAGAGAUAGCAAAAACAAAGACUACAAAGAUAGCAAAAGCAAAGAAGACAAAGACAGCAAAUACAAAGAGAAUAAAGACACUAAGUACAAAGAGGAUAGAGAUAGCAAAUAUAGAGAAGAUAGAGAUAGCAAAUACAAAGAAGAUAGAGAUAAGGAUCGUUAUGAUCGUAGAGAUAGGGACUCCAGUAAGUAUGAUAGAGAUGAAAAACACAGCAGGGAUAGAGAUGACAAGCAUAGAAGUAGAGAUGACAAAUAUUCAUCCAGAGAUAGAGAUGAUAAAUAUUCUAGGUAUGAGAAACAUAAAAAAUCAUCAAAGCACAGAGAUAGUUCAGAGAGUAGAUCAAAAGAUAGGCGAAGAAGGAGUUAGAAAAAAAUGGAUGUACAUAGUCUUUUAGUCUCAAACAUUAAACAGGGCCUUUUUUAAUUUAGUUGGACAGUUUUUUUUCCUAUGUCACAUGUAAAAAUAUUGUAUCCUAAAUCUGUAAGAAAGAAGUAUGAAAAUUAUUUGUAAAUAGUACGUUUAAGGAUCUAUAAAAUAUAUUUUUUUUUAUUUGAA